AUGAUCCGGCAGCAUUCUGAGGAGCUCUCCGCUGUGCAGAGAUGGGCAGCUAGAGCUUCCGAAUCGCAGUUUAAUGCAAUUGCCGGUGCGCUUGGUGGUUUCACCUCGGGUGUGGUUACGUGCCCGCUCGACGUUAUCAAGACCAAGCUCCAGGCCCAGGCCGCGGCCAAGGCCGGCCACUCGCGCCUCUACAAUGGCCUGGUAGGCACAGCAAGCGUCAUUUGGCGGGAAGAGGGUAUUCGAGGCAUGUAUCGAGGUCUGGGGCCGAUAGUCCUCGGCUAUCUUCCGACUUGGGCAGUGUGGUUCACAGUAUACAACAAAUCCAAGGUCUACCUAGCCGACUAUCAUCUAAACUUUUGGUCCUCGAUCAUCGCCGGGGCCAGCAGCACCAUUGCAACAAAUCCGAUUUGGGUUAUCAAGACCCGGCUCAUGUCACAGAGCAACCCUAACGCCCACCGCAAUGAUCAUCCGAGACCAGGCAACACGCCAACCGCGCGCCCAACUCUACAAACACCCUGGCAUUACCGGUCAACGCUCGAUGCUGCCCGCAAAAUGUACAGCUCCGAAGGCCUGCUCUCCUUUUACUCGGGCCUGACACCUGCGCUCCUCGGCCUCACACACGUGGCGGUGCAGUUCCCAACAUACGAGUAUCUCAAGACGAAAUUCACCGGGCAAGGAAUGGGCGCGGCAGAAGCCCCUGGUGCAGAGGCGCACUGGACUGGCAUUUUGUCCGCGUCGAUAUUGUCCAAGAUUCUGGCCAGCAGCGCAACGUACCCUCACGAGGUGAUUCGUACACGACUACAGACACAGCGGCGACCGGUAGCUGGCGAAACGUAUCUGCAAGGCCUCGGUGUCACUGCACCAGGAACUCAAGGACUAGGAAAUGCCAACUCGAGCUAUACACCAAAGUAUAGGGGGGUUGUCAUGACCUUUCGCACCAUUUUGCGAGAAGAAGGCUGGCGAGCAUUCUAUGCCGGCCUCGGAACAAACAUGAUGCGCGCAGUGCCCGCGGCAACGGUGACGAUGCUCACCUACGAGUUUGUCAUGCGCGAGCUGCGACACGCCCGAACGGUAGGCCGCGCUGGCUUGGGCUUGUCUGUAGAAGUCAGAUGA